AUGGCCGGCUCCUCCUCCCAGAAACAAGGACACACCACCGCAGACGGGAGCGCAGAUUCCGUGGCGUGCUACAAGACCCCCAACCGAGCAGCCACCACAGCACAAGCACAAGCUCCAGCUUCAACACGGGGCCAGCAUGCACAGGAACAGGCCGUUCCAGAUGACCAAGACAGUGGCAGCGAGUGGUUCACCACAGAGGAGAGUGGGCAGGACUCUUCCGGUGGCGCACGUUCCAGGCGGCAGUCGAGUGACGCGAUAUCUCAAUCCGUUUUUCUGAGCGACACCAAUGCUGAAAAGAACAGCGCGCAACAUCGGGCGCCGAGCUUUGGCGAGGAAAUGUCCUCCAACGCGUCUUGGGUCAUGCAGCAGUUCUGGGCCGAUCAGGGCAUUGUUCCAAUUUGGGCCCGUCCGAUGCAGGCCUCGGACGGGGCAGCGAAUGCACACGGCAGAGCUAGAAUGCUGCCAAUCAUUGCAGACUUGGAAAGAUACAUUGCCCCCUUCCAAUGA